CCGGACUUGGUCGCGCCCGAAGUGUAACACUUUCUCUUUGUCGGAGGAGCUCCUCUGUUUCCUGUGCGGUAGCUCCCGUUGCUGAGGCGCCCGUGGCAGCCCUGGCGGACGCAGGAGCGAUGGCAGCGACCGAUAUAGCUCGCCAGGUGGGUGAAGGUUGCCGAACUGUCCCCCUGGCUGGACAUGUGGGGUUUGACAGCUUGCCUGACCAGCUGGUGAAUAAGUCAGUCAGCCAGGGCUUCUGCUUCAACAUCCUGUGCGUGGGAGAGACAGGUUUGGGCAAGUCUACCCUCAUGGACACCCUGUUCAACACCAAGUUCGAGGGGGAGCCAGCCACCCACACGCAGCCAGGUGUCCAGCUCCGGUCCAAUACCUAUGACCUCCAAGAGAGCAACGUGGGGCUAAAGCUCACAAUUGUUAGCACGGUGGGCUUUGGGGACCAGAUCAACAAGGAGGACAGCUACAAGCCCAUCGUGGAAUUCAUCGAUGCGCAAUUCGAGGCCUACCUGCAGGAAGAGCUGAAGAUCCGAAGAGUGCUGCACACCUACCACGACUCCCGGAUCCAUGCCUGCUUGUAUUUCAUCGCCCCCACGGGUCAUUCCCUGAAGUCUCUGGACCUAGUGACAAUGAAGAAGCUGGACAGUAAGGUGAACAUCAUCCCCAUCAUUGCCAAGUCAGAUGCCAUUUCUAAGAGUGAGUUAACAAAGUUCAAAAUCAAAAUCACCAGCGAGCUUGUCAGCAAUGGGGUCCAGAUCUAUCAGUUCCCUACAGAUGACGAGUCGGUGGCAGAGAUCAACGGAACCAUGAACGCCCACCUGCCAUUUGCUGUCAUUGGCAGCACAGAAGAGCUGAAGAUAGGCAACAAGAUGAUGAAGGCGCGACAGUAUCCUUGGGGCACUGUGCAGGUUGAAAACGAGGCCCACUGCGACUUUGUGAAGCUGCGGGAGAUGCUGAUUCGGGUCAACAUGGAGGAUCUGCGGGAGCAGACCCACACCCGGCACUAUGAGCUGUACCGCCGCUGUAAACUGGAGGAGAUGGGCUUCAAGGACACCGACCCUGACAGCAAACCCUUCAGUUUACAGGAGACAUAUGAGGCCAAAAGGAAUGAGUUCCUAGGGGAGCUCCAGAAAAAAGAAGAGGAGAUGAGACAGAUGUUCGUCCAGAGAGUUAAAGAGAAAGAAGCGGAGCUCAAAGAGGCAGAGAAAGAGCUGCAUGAGAAGUUUGACCGUCUGAAGAAACUGCAUCAGGACGAGAAGAAGAAGCUGGAGGAUAAGAAGAAAUCCCUGGAUGAUGAAGUGAAUGCUUUCAAACAGAGAAAGACGGCAGCUGAGCUGCUGCAGUCCCAAGGUUCCCAGGCUGGGGGUUCACAGACUCUGAAAAGGGACAAAGAGAAGAAAAAUAAUCCAUGGCUGUGUACUGAAUAGUAUUCCCUGCUACAGCUGGACUGGACUCCAUUUAGCCUUUUAAGCCAAGGUUCCUAUUUUAACUGACAGUUUUCCUUUGGGAUGCCAGGGAGCUGGGCCCCCCACCCCUGCCAUGUACUUCAAGCCCCACCUCUUUUUCAGUCCUGCAACUCACUCCUGCCUCCCAGUCCCACUGGCACUGACCAUGACCUUCAUCUCCUUUUAAAUUUUUUUGAGGUGGUUUUUUUGAUCAUUUACUUUCAAAAUACACAAACAAGGCUAUGCCAAAUAUUCAGGCCUUUUUGAAGUGUUGAGAAGGGGGAAGGGGCUUCUCUGUUUAAUAAUAAAUAAUAAUAGGAAGCAAAAUAUGAGCAAAAAGUAGAAAAAGUGAAAAGCCAACAUAUGCACACACUUUUUUUCUUGUUGGUAAAGCAAGAGUGCAGUUUUGAUAUGUAUUGUUUGCUGAGUUCACUGAUCGGUUGGUGGCCAGAGGCAAGUAUGAAAGUGAUGCUGCCAAAGCAUAAGCUAGUUUCUUGGGAAAAUCCAAGUCACAGAGCAGAGCAUUUUAGGAGAGACCCUGUGCUUGGAAGUAAAAACCAACAAACCAACAACAAAAAAAACCCCAAAACCAACAACAACAACAACUCAGUUGCUCAGCCAGUAGCUGAGAGAGAUGCUGAGUUAGGGCCAUCAUGUCUCCUUGGAAAAGGCUUCUUAUUCGCAGCUUUGAUGUGUCCAGCUUCAGAGCUGCCUCCCCAGAAACCCAAACUUCCAACCAACUGGUAAUCGCCAUCCUUUGGAUGAUUAUUUGCAUCACGAACAGGAGGCCCCCUCAUUUGCAUUUGUUUGCCAAUUAACUACUUGAGGCUUGAGGAGCUCUGAAUACUUCAUAAGUUUUAGAGCCACACAGCCUUUUGAGUGACCUUCAGAUAGUAAGUGGGAAUUUUAAAUUAAGGGGAAAUUUGGGGUCAGUAAGACAGGUAUAACCCACUUAUUCCCUAAGAGGAAAUUGAGGCCCAGGGAAGUGAAGGGACUUGCCGGAGGUCCCACUGAUGUUUCAUGGCAGAAGCCAUGCUAAAUCCCAUGUCUUUUGACUCCCAACCCAUUUCACAAAGGAUUUUGACUCCCAAUCCAUUUCAUCUAUAUUUAUGCUCCUGGAGACAAGGUCUUUUGAUGUUCGAGAAACCGAAUAGCCAGUAUGAGAGGAUCCUUGAGGUUUUUUCCGUACAGAAAAACACCUGAAGAUGGGGUGGGUGUGGGCGAGCGAAGCUUGUUAACUGGUCAGCUUUCCUGCAAGUCUGGAAGGGGCCCCAGGCAAGUGUAUGUUUAACAGGUGCCCUAGGUGAUCCUUAUAAUCAGGGAAGUUUAGUAAACAAAAAUCUAACGUGUGAGUGAACAAAAGGCCUUUAAAAAGUCGAUCAAGCCUAUUAAAAGAAUUUAAAUGCUUAUUUUAUUGGGUAGCUUUUCUUGCUUUAGACAGAAAGGUAUUUUUCCUUCUUCAAUGAAAAGGCUUUUUAAUUAGUACAAUUGUUACUAUCUUUUAAAAAUA